AUGUCUACAAACGCAGACUCGGAGGUUGAGAGCGAUCAGUAUGACCCCCCAUUGAACGAGCUUUACAUUGACGAGGCUCCAUUUGGACUAGAGAAGACUUGGGAUUAUGAGCCUGGUGGCCAUCAUCCCGUUCAUCUGGGUGACCAGCUAGGCCGGGACGGACAGUAUCGAAUCAUCCACAAGCUCGGCAGUGGUGGAUUCGCUAACGUCUGGCUGGCCCAAACGAUACAAGAAGGUGUCCCAAAGUACCAUGCGUUGAAGAUCCUUAUGGCAGAUUAUUCGAAGGAUGAUUGCGCUGAACUGCGCGUCAACAAGCUCCAAAAUCUCGGGCUGGAAAGCCAUAUAUCCCUGCCUCUGGACCAGUUCCAAAUAAGUGGACCAAAUGGAUCGCACUUGUGCUUUGUCUAUCCUGUCGCUGGGCCACGCGUGUCCUGUAUCGCACAGGAUUUUGAGGAUCCGGACAAGACCCUGCGCAAGGUGGCGCAUCAAGCGGUCGCAGUUAUGGCCACGUUGCAUGAACAUGGUAUCUGUCAUGGAGACUUCACGCCUUCAAACAUCCUCCUACGAGUGGAUGGCUUGGAUGGUUUGGCGGAGCAUGAAGUCUUCAAAAUUCUGGGAGAACCCUUGACAGUCAAGGUGUUCACCGGAGCAGGAGAGACUCCAUCCGAUCCGACCGCGCCGCAGUAUCUUGUUCGUCCAGUGAAUUUUCACAAAGUCCCAUUGCCUUAUAUUACGGAUCAAGUUCUUCUGAUCGACUUCGGUGAAUGCUAUGAGAUUUCGAAUCCACCGGAAGAACUCGGCAUCCCCGAGAGUUAUAGGGCCCCGGAAAUCGUGCUGGAGAACAAACCAGGAGUUGGCUGCGAUCUCUGGGCGCUCGGCUGCACCUUGUUUGAGAUACGAACGGGGCGGAAGCUCUUUUCGUCGUUCGAUGAAAAUAUCGACGAUCUCAUUCGGAGUAUGGUCUUGCUUCUUGGGGUUCUCCCUGAACCUUGGUGGUCAACAACCUGGAAGCAUCGCAAACGUUGGUUUGAGGAUGAGCCUGACUCUGAAGGUCGGGCCGUUAGAUCUAAUGGAAAGCCAGACAGGCCACAUGUGGCUCGAUCAAUUGAACGGGCCUUGAGCCUCGGGCUUAGAUAUAGCGAUUUGGGUCCCGGCGAUGAGUUUCGGCGAGAGAUUUCUAGAGAGGAGAUUGAACUGUUGGGCGAUUUACUCCGAAAGAUCCUACAGUAUGAGCCUAGCCGUCGGUUGACAGCAGCUGAGGCCCAAGACCACGAGUGGUUCCGCAUCGUCGAGUCGAUCUCUGACCGGAUGCACGAGCGCGAUGGCCGCUUCAAGUGA